AUGAAGAGCCUUGAACGGCAAGUGGGACAAUUGGCCAAACAAGCUGAACGGCCAACCAACGUCCUCCCAAGUGAUACAGUACCCAACCCAAGAGAAGAAUGUAAAGCUCUUCAGUUGAGAAGUGGCAAAGUACUCGGAGAAAGUUCUAACAAGGAAGCAACAAAACUCAAAGAGCAAGACACGGUGGAUGAGCAAGAUGAAGAAAAGGCAUCAACGCCUCAAGAAAGCAAAGGAGAUGAAAAGCCACAAAGCAAGACACCCACUCAAAACAGCCACCCCAACAACAAGGAGAAUGUGAAGCCACAGCAGGAGAACAAGAAUGAAGGGGUGAAAGCCUAUGUGCCCAAGCUUCCAUACCCAACCAGGAUACACAAAGGAACGAAGGAUCAACAAUUUCCAAGGUUCUUGGAAAUCUUUAAGAAACUUGAAAUCAACAUUCCAUUGGCAGAAGCUUUAGAACAAAUGCCAUUAUAUGCAAAGUUUCUUAAAGAAUUAAUCACCAAGAAGAGAAGCUGGCAAGAGAAAGAAACAGUGAUUCUCACUCAAGAGUGUAGUGCCAUUAUUCAAAAGGGACUGCCACCAAAACUCAAGGAUCCAGGCAGCUUCUUCAUACCAUGCACAAUUGGGAGUAUAGCCAUUGAUAAAUCACUCUGUGACUUGGGAGCAAGCAUUAACUUAAUGCCUCUUACUAUGAUGAAGAAAAUGAUGAUAGAAGAGCUGAAACCCACAAGGAUGUCACUCCAACUUGCUGACAGAUCUAUCAAAAUACCAAAUGGUGUAGUUGAGAACCUCUUGGUGAAAGUAGAAAAUUUUAUAUUCCCAGCCGAUUUUGUGGUCCUAGACAUGGAUGAAGAGGGGAGCAACUCAGUUAUCCUUAGUAGACCCUUUUUGGCUACAGCUAGAAUAAUCAUUGAUGUGGAAAAGGGAGAGAUGAUCUUCAUAGUACAUGAUGAGAAAAUGACCAUAAAUGUCUUCAAGGCAAUGCGAUACCCCACUGAGAAAGAGAGUUGCAUGAGGGUUGAUAUGGUGGAUUCUUUGGUUGAAGAAGUAUUUGAAACAAACCAUCAAGUGAAACAGGAGGAAGUCCAGGAUAUCCAAGAACAAGAAGAGAACAAAUUGGAAGCACCAAAGGAACCAAGUGAAGCCAAGAAAGAAGAGGCACCACAACAAUAG